UUUUUUUUUUUUAUAUAUAGAAUUUCAACAUGGCUUCUUCUGUCCGUGCUGCCGCUAUUAACUGGUCCAAGUUGAGUGUCAGUCUUCCUCAAGAGACCGUUGCUUCUCUUCAAGCUUUCCGUAAGCGUAACGAUGAAGUUAAACGUGUUCUCGCUGAAUUAAAGCAACAACCCACCACUGUCGAUUUCGCCCAUUAUCGUAAAGUUCUUAAGAAUCAAGCCAUUGUCGAUCAAGCCGAAAAGGCUAUCAGCGGUUUUAAGCCUGUUGCUUAUAAUUUGGAUGCCCAAUUAAAUGCCAUUAGCCAAUUUGAAGCUAAAGCUGUUUCCAAAGCUAAAAAUACUGUUCAACAAAUUGAAACUGAACUUAAAGAUCUUCAAGCCACACUUAGUAACAUUGAAGGCUCUCGUCCCAUUGAACAACUUACAGUUGAUGAUGUCACUACUGCCAAUCCUCAAAUUGUUAAGGACAUUGAAGAGAACCUUAAGAAGGGACAAUUCUCAGUUCCCGGUUAUAAGGAGAAGUUCGGCGAUAUUUCUUACUUCUAAAUGGUUUUUAAUUUUUUUUUUUCUUUUCUUUUUUCAUAUUUAUAAAAACGUUAAACUUUUUACCUCGCUAUUGUAUGAGAUCAUAUGUAUACACAUAUAAACAUACAUCUAUUUAAAAUGUGUAAGCAGUUUAUGGCUGAAUUCUGAAACAAAUAAAUAAAAAAAAUAAUAACUUGUAUCAAUUA